AUGAGUGCCACUCUGCCUGAUUCGGGUCUAUCUCGAGCCGCCCGGUAUGCGGUUCCUUUCGCUUUGUUGCUGAUUCCCUUGUGGAAAACCCGAGUCAGCGCAGUCGUUCCGGAGCCAUAUCUCGACGAAGCUUUCCAUGUUCCCCAGGCGCAGGCCUACUGGGCGCAUCGAUGGACAAAUUGGGAUCCGAAGAUUACGACUCCCCCGGGACUGUACUUCUGGUCGUACCUGAUUUGCGCCGCCAUGCUUGCUCUCCGCGGCUCUCCGACGGAACUCGGCGCGGACGCCCUGCGCACCACGAAUGUCGCAGCAACAGCUGUUCUCUUGCCCUGGAGGCUUCAGUCUGUGCUGGAGCUCUUGCGGAAUGACCGCAAGUCUCGUCCGGUAGGUGCACGGUUGAGCCACACGGUGUUGAACAUUUGUUUAUUCCCGCCGCUGUUCUUCUUCUCGGGGCUCUACUAUACUGAUAUCCUUGCCCUUGUGGUAGUCGUCGAGGCGUACAACUGGCAGCUUAAGCGCUCUACUGUGAACGGAUCUGCUCCUCUUCAGUCCCUUAUAUUCCUUGUCUUCGGACUGGUUGCCCUUGUCUUUAGACAGACCAAUAUCUUUUGGGUCUCCGUGUUUUUCGGUGGAUUGCAGGUGCUCCGGACGCUGCGUCUGUCUACUAACAGAUGCAACGUUUCUGGGCUGAAUGAAGUCACGAAGAAAGGCUUCCAGAAUGAGCUGUAUGAUCCUCUUGUGUCCGAUGCAUCUUUUGCAGACUACUUCAAGACUACCGUGUCUCUUGCCACGACUUCACUGAACAAUCUUCCCCGAGUGCUUGUUUCUGUAGUUCCUCACAUUCUCAUUCUGGCAGCUUUUGGUGGUUUCAUACUAUGGAACAAUGGCGUCGUCUUGGGACACAAGGAAUUUCACACUGCAGGUCUUCAUUUGCCCCAGAUGCUCUACAUCUGGCCUUAUUUCCUGUUCUUUUCGUGGCCUAUUCUUGUCAUCCCCGUUGCGAAUCUAGCCCUCCCGAGGAACUUUCUUCCAAAGCUCUUGGAUUACAGCUUCCCUAAGAGACAGAGGGGACUCCCAUCCCUAUUGGCUAUUUUGGCAGUCGUUCCGGUAAUGCUGGCUGCGGUUCACUACAACACCAUUGUCCAUCCCUUCACUCUGGCCGAUAACCGUCACUAUGUUUUCUACGCCUUCCGAAUCCUCCGGUAUCACUCAGCCAUCAAGUACGGAGCCGUGGUAAUUUAUUUCCUUGGUGCUUGGGCGGUUAUUUCUGCGUUUGGCUUCACCACGAUUGCACCAGCACCUAGAUUGAUGCACAUGCCGCCGCAAUCUCAACAACCGCCGGCUCCGGCUCCGGCUCCCACGAAACCAGUUACGAGGAAAGAAAAGAGAGAACAACAAAAGGAAGCCGACAGGAAAGCCAAAACGAACCGCAAACAAGUGGCCUCGAAACAGGCUCCCCCACCUGAGCAGAAAGAUCCUGUUACGCCAGAAGUCAUGGCAAGGAUCCAGGCACACAUUGCUACGCGUCAGAAGCAGCAGCUGGAACCGACCCGGGUGAGCUUCGUGAUCAUUUGGCUUGCUGCGACGGCUCUUUCGUUGGUCACCGCGCCUCUCGUCGAGCCCCGUUACUUUAUCAUCCCGUGGGUUAUGUGGAGGUUGCAUUUACCACCGCAGCCAAUUCCGGCUGUCUACCGUCUAAACCGACCGGAGGAAGAGAAGGAGAUUGUUUGUGCACAGGUGGCUUCUCAUUCUCCUCUGUUCUUGGAGACCCUGUGGUUCUUGGCUGUUAAUGCUGUGACGGGCUAUAUUUUCUUGUACAAGGGCUUCGAGUGGCCGCAGGAACCGGGGAUGAGUCAGAGGUUCUUGUGGUGA